AUGGACAACUACGGUUUCAAAGAUAGUGAUAACACACCAUCUUCGAUGACGUCUCCGUUACGACCACCAAGAAUAUUUCGAGCAGUAAGCUGCAUUGAAAAUGGUUCCAUUAAUUUUCCACGUUUGAGCACUAGAUUCAAAGCAAAUUCUACUAAGGAUACAACGGGGAAAGCAAUUGAUGCAGAAGCAGCAAUAUUUGAUGCCUCUGUGAUGGAACAUGUCCUUCGUAAUGAAAGUAGCAGUAAAACUGCGGUUCAGAACAAUGUAAGUAGUGUUUCCACUACAGAAAUUGAUCUCUCCGCUACAGACGACCGUAGUGCAUCCACGGCUGUUACUAUUAACUCGAUCGCUACUAACGCUACCCUCAAGCCGACGUCAGUAUCAUCUGGCCCAGAUCAACAUGCCGGACAUAAAACACAGCUUGACAGUUACGAAUAUAUGGAAGUAGGACCAUCGCCGCCUGCCGAAGGUGCGCCAAAUCUUUACGAUAGCUACGAUGAAACGUAUUCUGAAUCUAGUGCCCAACUGUGUAAUGACAUCAUUCGCAUAUCGCUAACGGAGCAAAUGCGACUGGCUGGUGGACGGGUGGCACUGCUGGAAAAAUUCGAGACAGAUGGCGCGACACUGGAUGCGGUAGCGGUGGAGAAGCUUUUCCGUACAACUUCACCAUCAACACCUCAACAACGCUCAACAGGCAUCACCACCAGUGGUAAUACGAACACUACGACCAAUUUCACCAGCCACAGUACCGCCGUUGGAGGGCAAAUAGAAAAAAAUAUAUGCUUGCUGUGGGCGGCAUUUCUGCGAAAAUUUCAUCUUCUUCAGCAAUGUGUUAGGAUCGGUGCAGACAUGAGCUUUUGCGAUAGCAACGGAUUGACUGCGUUACAUCUUGCUUCAUUCAGCGGGUGUACCGAGUGUUGCGCAUUUCUAAUACACCACGGGCUCGACGUUAAUAUGCAGCCAAAAUGGUACACUCCACUGCAUUGUGCCGCGUUCGGAAAUUCGCUCAGUACUGCCGAACUGUUGAUAAAAAACGGAGCUUCCAUUGACGUGCCGACUAAUAAGCAACAGUGCGAAGAAUCCCUGCUGCACUGCGCUGUACGAUCGAAUGCAAUCGAAUGCCUUCGAUUCUUCAUCGCUCAAGGUUCCGAUGUAAACGCUCUCGAACGAAAUGGAACAAAUCCCAUUCACCUAGCUGCUGAUCUCGGCCAUGCACAAUGCCUCGCCGCUUUGCUAGAGUGCUCAACAGCCGAUCCGAAUGUGCGUAUUCAGCAAGGAGACAAGCAGAUGACAGCACUGCAUCUAGCAGCUGACGAAGGUAAUCUGGACUGCGUUACACAACUGAUAACUCGCGGCGCUGAUGUACGGGCACGCAAUCACCGUGGCUUUACGCCGUUGCAUCUCGCAGCUCGCAGCGGUAGUGCGGACUGCGUAGAAGCGCUACUAAAACUGGGUGGUUGUGAUCCCAAUUUGGCAGAUUUCGAUCAACGAACACCGCUGCAUGCAGCGAUUAGUAAAUCUGAUACUGCCGUUGAGAUGAUCGAAACAUUAAUUGCCUGGGGCGCCAAUGUCAACCAACGGGAUGUGUACGGCUUUACAGCGCUGCAUCUCGCAGCACUGGAUGCACUGGGACCAUGCGUAGAAACGCUGCUUUACCACGGGGCAGAUGUGACAAUGAAAUCCCGCAAAGGAACUAGUGCCCUCAACAUUAUCAGUCGCAAAACUCCCGCAUCGCUUGGGGUCAUACAAUGUAAGCUAGAUGCCGCUAUCACGCUAACACAUUCCCAGGACUCAUCGAGUCGUGAGGUGGAGCUGGAACUCGACUUUCGCAGUAUUCUGCAACAUUGCCAUCCUCGCGAGAUCAGCUAUCUAAACACGUUCGUCGAUGAUGGGCAGAAGGAAUUUUUGCAGCAUCCUCUAUGCUCGGCCUUCCUGUACAUCAAAUGGAACAAAAUUCGCAAAUAUUAUAUUGCGCGUUUGCUUUUUUGUUUCACCUUUGUACUGUUUCUGACACUGUACGUGCUGACGGCGUUAGCACACAACUGUUACAAUGGUAGCAAAGAUAUGAAAGAAACUAUCCAAGAGCAAGAACUUUGCCAAAAGCAAUCGAUCUUUGGUGAUAUGCUACGCAACAACCCGUUCGUAAUUGAAAUGCAAUGGAUGGUACUCGUUGCAAUAACAGCGAUUGAGAUCUGUCGGAAGAUUUACGGUAUUACUGGAUACACAUCGCUUCGGCAUUAUGUCACCCAAACGGAAAACGCAAUCGAAUGGUUUAUAAUACUUAGCGUAUUCGUCAUCUCGUACAUCUACACAAAACGAACAUACACGUGGCAGAACCAUGUUGGAGCCUUCGCUGUACUUCUAGGUUGGACCAAUCUAAUGCUUAUGAUAGGUCAGCUACCCGUGUUUGGUGCAUACGUCGCCAUGUACACGAAAGUACAAGUCGAGUUUGCAAAACUGUUUAUGGCUUAUUCUUGCAUGUUGAUCGGCUUUACGAUUAGCUUUUGCGUGAUCUUCCCCUCGUCCUCCUCGUUUGCUAAUCCUUUCAUGGGCUUCAUCACCGUGUUGGUGAUGAUGACGGGCGAACAAGAUCUUGAGUUGCUCAUCAACGACCCAGAUGGUAAAGAUCCACCAUUUCUGCUCGAGAUCAGUGCUCAAAUUACUUUCGUCCUGUUUCUCUUGUUUGUAACGGUUAUCCUCAUGAAUCUACUCAUCGGUAUCGCAGUGCACGAUAUACAAGGAUUGAAAAAAACAGCCGGUCUAUCGAAGCUGGUACGACAAACAAAACUCAUCUCCUAUAUCGAAUCGGCAUUGUUUAAUGGCUGGCUUCCAAACUGGUUGCGCAAUUUAUUGUACUACACCGCACUUGUUUCGCCUCAAGCAUAUCGCGUGGUUUUAAGUGUGAAACCUCUGAACCCAGGCGAAACAAGACUCCCGCGCGACAUUAUGAUGGCAGCGUACGAGGUAGCAAAGCAAAAGAAGCACUAUGACAUACGAAAAAGCUUUUCCACUAUUCGUCGUAAUGCAACGUAUGAAGCACAGAAGAGUUCUUCUGGGAUGACAAAUGGAUUGCGUUCCCACUAUUUGUGCAACCGUUCUAGCAUUAGCGGAGCUGUACCGAAAAAUCAUGCAUCUGCCACGGGAGGAACAAUUCCCUCCUCUAGUAGUGAUCAUUCCUCAAAGUUUGGUUACGUUUACGAAACACCAACAUUGUACGGCAUAACCAACAAAUUAGACGAACAUACCGAAUAUAUUGGAAACAUUGCAACAGAGAUUGCAGAAUUACGAACCAGCAUAGAACAGAGCCAGCAAAUGUUGCGUCAAUUGUUUCAAUUGCUGGGCAAAAGUCCAAAACCAAACUGACGAAUGGUUUUUC